UCAAGCAUGAAAAUAUUAUUGGAAUCAAUGACAUUAUCAGAGCUCCAACAAUUGAACAAAUGAAAGAUGUAUACAUUGUGCAAGAUCUCAUGGAGACGGACCUUUACAAGCUCUUAAAGACUCAACAUCUCAGCAACGACCACAUCUGUUAUUUCCUUUACCAGAUCCUGAGAGGAUUAAAAUAUAUCCAUUCUGCCAAUGUGCUGCAUCGUGACCUCAAACCUUCCAACUUGCUGCUAAACACCACUUGUGAUCUCAAGAUCUGUGAUUUUGGAUUGGCUCGUGUAGCAGAUCCAGAUCACGACCAUACUGGCUUCUUGACAGAAUAUGUAGCCACACGUUGGUACAGAGCUCCUGAGAUCAUGUUGAAUUCUAAGGGUUACACCAAAUCUAUUGACAUCUGGUCUGUAGGCUGUAUUUUGGCAGAGAUGCUGUCAAACAGACCCAUCUUUCCAGGAAAGCACUACCUUGAUCAGCUGAACCAUAUCCUUGGAAUACUUGGAUCUCCUUCCCAAGAAGACUUGAAUUGUAUAAUCAAUUUGAAAGCCAGAAAUUAUUUGCUUUCUUUACCAUACAAAAACAAGGUGCCAUGGAACAGGCUGUUUCCCAAUGCUGACCCCAAAGCUCUUGAUUUGUUGGAUAAAAUGUUAACCUUCAACCCUCAUAAGAGAAUUGAAGUAGAAGAAGCUUUGGCUCAUCCAUAUCUAGAGCAAUAUUAUGACCCAAGCGAUGAGCCUGUAGCUGAAGCACCCUUCAAGUUUGACAUGGAGUUGGAUGAUUUGCCGAAGGAAAAACUGAAAGAACUAAUUUUUGAGGAGACUGCCCGAUUCCAGCCAGGAUACAGAUCUUAAGUUGCAGUUGGAUAAAGGCAUUAAAGGGCUGGGCAUACUGCACACAGGUGUUCUCUUCCUGGUUCCUUAUCUCUGGCCAUGUCGUGUGGUCUCUCUCAGUUUAUCCACUAACUACUUCAAGCCAUUCAAGAGGGCAGUUUCUGGUAGUCCUGGCUUCUAUGCUUUCAACAGAUUCUUUAUUUAUGCCUGAGAAAUACUCCUAUGUGUAAUGUCCUUAUUGGCAUUUCGCAGUACUGUCCUUUCACAUACAUCUACUGUUGAUACGUUCUAUCUGCUUCCUUUCUGAUUUGAAAGAUGCAGCGUUUCGUUUCUGGUUUUCACCAAGAAGAUCAGUAAAAAGAUUUGCACCAUGAAACAAUUUUUCCCUUGGUUUUGUUAGUGGCAUUUUAAGGAAAAGCUAUGAUUUAAGGCACUUUAAGUCAGUGGCAUCCCCACUCUUUUGCACUUGCGUAAGCAGUAGAGGUUUACUUUAAUAAUACAGGCAAGCAGAGUGACAGCAUAGUCCAUAUUAAUGUUUAUGUGCUUGUUCUGGUUUCUUGUACUGUACCUAGCAAUUAAUGCAGGGCAUUUUACUCCAGACAUCUACAAAACUUGCUUUUUUAACCAAGCAAUGGAGGGGGAAAAACAAACCCCUCCCUUUUAGAGAUUCUAGGUACUUGAGCAAUGUUAAAGGAAUGGUACUUCUAGAGUUCCUGCUGUCUCAUAUUUACAGACGCGUGACGAGAGAAUGAUUUAGAACAAAGUUGCACACUUGCCGUUUUCCUUUGUGGAAAGCAUCUGUGAUGUAUAUCGGUAGAUGGGUUCCCAUGUGAUUUUUAUUGUAAUCUCAGUAUACGAUUGGGUACCAAUAAAAUAUUUCAGGAGUCCUUUUUUAAUAUAGCUUUUGAAUUUUAUGUGGUAUAUCCUCUGAUAAAGGAACACUGCAUCUUUAAAUGAGAAAGUUAGGAUUUACCUUUGAUCUCACAACAUGUCGACAUCUCACCUUUAUUUCUCAUAACUUGCCCUUGUCACAAACUCAGUGGAUUUGACAGCCUGUCACAUGAACUGCUGCUCUGUCAGAUACUUAUUCCAGCAUUAUUUAUAAUGCUGUGUUAGGGCCGCAAAACAAAGCUAUCGCUCAGUCAUGUUUCAUCUAUACCCUUUUUUCAAUGACAGCUCUUCAAGUAUUUGUUUCUGAAAUUGUAUGCUGUGGAGUUGACUAGAUGUUAUGUUCCAGUGCAGUGCCUCCUUUCCCCACUGCUCUGUGGUGAGAAAUUUGCCUUGUUUAAGAUAAUUACUGUGCCCUCGCAUGACUGUUAAAAGCUUUCUGUGCAAAGAUGACUGUCUUAAGUGCCACAUGCCUACAAUUGAAAAAAAAAAAGUUACCUCCGAGUUGUGUUAAACGAAAUAGGGGAAAAAAACUAGUCGUUUCUCUGCUCUGUUUUAUUUUGGCAGUGGUAAAGAAUGGAUUGUAUAAAGACUGCUUACUAUUAUGAACAAAAUCAUACUUGUAAUUAAUAAAUCAUCUUGUAUCUUUAUGUUAAGAUUUCAGAUAGCUUGAUUUGCUUUUGAUAAAGUGUUUAGAUGGAAUUGUGGCUUGUUUGGCUACUGUAGUAUUUAAGGAUGCUUGCAGGUGUAUAGCACUCGUUCUGUUUUUAGUAUAUUUUAAAAACCUAGAUUCUUGGCAUGUUUACUCAGUAUUAAGUCCCACUCAGAUCAAUAGGACUUACUUGCGAGGAACUGUAUAUAUAGGAUUGUGUGUUCCAGUUACCAAUCUGGCUAAAGUUAAUUAAGUUCCAUAGAAAGCAACAGGACUUAAGUUAAUCAUGACAAACUUGGUUCUGUUGGUUUCAGUGAGAUUUAGUCAGGUGAAACUUCAACUAGAUUGAGGCUCUGGUGCAAAAGAGUGCUUACAGGACUCAGAAUUUUAAGUUUUCCUUAAUGUAUAUUUAAAAUACUAGCCAGCUGAAGCUAAUGUUAAUGUGUGUGUCUUCAAAGGGCAUUUUCUAUGAACUCCUAUGAUCCAGACGCCUACUGUGUUAACCACAUGUUCAGAUUAUUGUAGGGACAAUCCUGGGCAGAUGUCACAAUCUCUGUGUUCCCACGCUUGACUGCUCAUACUGGGUGUGAAAACUUUUUUCUUUGUCUUUCUGCACAUCAUACCUUACCAAAACACUGUCCCUCGUUGAGUUGAAAGCCCCAGUUGUCUACCCGCAUGAUCAUUACAAGUUUAACAUGGUGAGCUUUGAAAGAUGACUGUUAAUGAAAACUCUAGUGGUAGUAGAACUCUGAUCUUAUUAUGGAAUGGUUUUGCCACCUUUUUUGUUUGUUUUGAGUCCCUGUGUUGGUUUUGAGUUUUGUUUUUUUAAAUUGUAUUAUAAACUACCUUAUUAACUUUCCAUCCCCACACAAAAAGCCAUGGGCACGAUGGGCUAAUAUCUGGUGCUUUGAAGCAUUCUUUCUGUCUGUUGCAGCAGGUAGGCGUGAAACCACUAAUUGCCAUCAUUGGAUGCUGCUGUGCUUUGAUCUCUAGUGGGAUUUUUGGCAGAAUGGGAAGUCUUUUAAAAGACUGUGCUUACAAUGGUGUGCUUUUUGCAUACACACUUCUAGUACCUAUGCUGUUCCUAUGUACCAUUUCUGGAACUUCCUACAAAAAACGAUGGCUACUCUGAGGUCACGUUAGUAAUGCGGUUAAGAGUUCAGAGAUCUUCGGUUUAAGGACUGCAUCUGUCGUGGUUGAUGUGAGCUGAAUGGAGAAGUGGAUAUUGCCUGUUCCACUGUGUGAAUUCCUUGAAUUCUUAUUCACUUUGGAGACUAUGCAUAUUGAACAGGCAAUAUACUAAAUUAACGCUGUCAGCCUGUGGAUAUUCUCCAUUCCACUUGUACUAGUUAUGACACAUUCUGUCUGUCAAACAUUCCAGCCUUAAGUUAACAGGUACCUUGCAGUGCAUAUGGGUGCAUUGUGAUGACGUUCUGUAGCCUGGCUGUGAUUGAACUCUGCUUUAAGGCCUAAACUUUCCUAAAGCCAUAUGUUUGUGUGCCAUUCAUGGGGAGCCUGGUAAUGCAUGCUGUGCUUUCAAGAGACAACUGCAUUAACAGAGGUUAUACUUGAUCAUUGCAAAAGGACUUUUGAUGGUGUUAAUGGAAGACAACCUGUUUCCACUGUAAAAAUGUUGAGUGUGAAGCUGCCUUAUAACAAGUCGGGCCGUUGACCUACCUAGCCCAGCACUCUUGAUCCUGACUGGCAGUUGCUUUCAAAAGUCUCUGGCAGAGGUUUCUCUCAGCUCUGCUAAGAUAAGUUUUUGACUGGAUAUGCCAGGGAUGGAACUUGGGACCUUCUGGCAUGCCAGCCUAAAGCUCUGCUGCUGAGCUAUGGCCCUGCCCACGCUAUGAUCUGUUCAUAACUUGCCUGAAAGAUGUUAGCUGACAGAAUGUAGUGGGGAUUUAGUAACUUUUAUGAAUAAACUGGUUUCUGUACAUCUUUAUUACACAGCCUGUUGCUUUAGUGUAACAAUUUUAAAAACAGCUCAGAUAUCGCAUUCAUAGCCUAUGAUUUUAUUCCCUUGCAUAGUACUUCUAUAUUUAUAAAAGCAAUGUUUUGAAGCAAUCCCGAGUUUAAGGGAAAGUAUUUUUGUAAGUGUAGUGAUUCAAGUCCAAGAAAUUCUUUAACAUAAGUUUGAAAUACAUUCAUGCUUUAAAAAAACAGCAACACUGAAAUACAAUGCUAAAGAAAUGAAAAGUGCACAUUAGUAAAGUACAUUCUAGUCAUCUGUUUUGUAGCAUGCGCUGUAACCAGGACUGAAAUGGAAUAUUGGAAUAUGGCGAUAGCGCUAACCUGGUGAGCCCAGAACAAACUUCUCCAAGGCUGCAGCAGGCUUACUUGGCUAUUGUUGCCUUUUCUUGUGGUGUUUCAGUGUCGAGCGAGCACUCCUAAGGAAGUACUUUUGCUUUGUAUUUGCUUUGUACUGUCGGUGCCUUAGUCACGUACCCCAGACAUCCCACAUAGCUAAAUUUUAGUUCGUGUUUAAGUUAAAAACUAAAGCAGAAUUUUAUAAAAGUUUUCUGUAUGUUACAUUAUAACUAAACAUUU